GGACCGUAAGUGGCGACUAUGGGCAGACUGGGCUACUGGACCCUCCUGGUGCUGCCGGCCCUUCUGGUGUGGCGCGGCGCAGCGCCGGGCGCGACGGCGGAGAAGGGGCCCCCGGCGCUGAACAUCGCCGUCUUGCUGGGCCACAGCCACGACGUGACGGAGCGCGACCUGCGGAACCUGUGGGGCCCGGAGCAGGCGGCAGGGCUGCCCCUGGACGUGAACGUGGUGGCGCUGCUGAUGAACCGCACGGACCCCAAGAGCCUCAUCACGCACGUGUGCGACCUCAUGUCUGGGGCGCGCAUCCACGGCCUCGUGUUCGGGGACGACACCGACCAGGAGGCCGUGGCCCAGAUGCUGGAUUUUAUCUCCUCCCAGACUUUCAUCCCCAUCCUGGGAAUCCACGGGGGCUCAUCCAUGAUCAUGGCUGAUAAGGAUCCGACAUCUACCUUCUUCCAGUUUGGAGCGUCCAUCCAGCAACAAGCCACGGUCAUGCUGAAAAUCAUGCAGGAUUACGACUGGCACAUCUUCUCCCUGGUGACCACUAUCUUCCCUGGCUACAGGGACUUCAUCAGCUUCAUCAAAACCACGGUGGACAACAGCUUUGUUGGCUGGGACAUGCAGAACGUGAUCACACUGGACAUGUCCUUUGAGGAUGCAAAGACGCAAGUCCAGUUGAAGAAAAUCCACUCCUCUGUCAUCUUGCUCUACUGUUCCAAAGACGAGGCUGUCCUCAUCCUGAGUGAGGCCCGUUCCCUGGGCCUCACGGGGUACGACUUCUUCUGGAUCGUCCCCAGCUUGGUCUCUGGGAACACGGAGCUCAUCCCCCAGGAGUUUCCGUCAGGACUCAUCUCUGUCUCCUACGAUGACUGGGACUACAGCUUAGAGGCGCGAGUGCGGGACGGCCUGGGCACCCUCACCACUGCCGCCUCAUCCAUGCUGGAGAAGCACUCCUACAUCCCCGAGGCCAAGGCCAGCUGCUACGGGCAGACGGAGAAGCCGGAGGCCCCGCUGCACACCCUGCACCAAUUUAUGGUCAAUGUGACCUGGGAUGGCAAGGACCUGUCCUUCACUGAGGAAGGCUAUCAGGCGCACCCCAGGCUGGUGGUGAUAGUGUUGAACAAGGACCGCGAGUGGGAGAAGGUGGGCAAGUGGGAGAACCAGACGCUGAGUCUGCGGCACGCUGUGUGGCCCAGGUACAAGUCCUUCUCCGACUGCGAGCCCGACGACAACCAUCUGAGCAUUGUCACCCUGGAGGAAGCGCCCUUUGUCAUUGUGGAAGACAUCGACCCCCUGACCGAGACGUGUGUGAGAAACACCGUGCCCUGCCGGAAGUUCGUCAAGGUCAACAAUUCAACCAAUGAGGGGAUGAAUGUUAAAAAAUGCUGCAAAGGGUUCUGCAUCGAUAUCCUAAAGAAGCUUUCCAGAACUGUGAAGUUCACCUAUGACCUCUACCUGGUAACCAAUGGGAAGCAUGGCAAAAAAGUUAACAAUGUGUGGAAUGGAAUGAUUGGUGAAGUGGUUUAUCAGCGGGCAGUGAUGGCGGUCGGCUCACUCACCAUCAAUGAGGAGCGGUCUGAAGUGGUGGACUUCUCUGUGCCCUUCGUGGAGACGGGGAUCAGUGUCAUGGUGUCCAGAAGCAAUGGCACCGUCUCACCUUCUGCUUUCCUGGAACCAUUCAGCGCCUCUGUCUGGGUGAUGAUGUUUGUGAUGCUGCUCAUUGUCUCCGCCAUAGCUGUGUUUGUCUUUGAAUACUUCAGUCCUGUUGGAUACAACAGAAAUUUAGCCAAAGGGAAAGCACCCCAUGGGCCUUCUUUUACCAUUGGAAAAGCUAUAUGGCUCCUUUGGGGCCUGGUGUUCAACAACUCUGUGCCUGUCCAGAAUCCCAAAGGCACCACCAGCAAAAUCAUGGUGUCCGUCUGGGCCUUCUUCGCCGUCAUCUUCCUGGCCAGUUACACGGCCAACCUGGCUGCUUUCAUGAUCCAGGAGGAAUUUGUGGACCAGGUGACCGGCCUCAGUGACAAAAAGUUUCAGAGACCUCAUGACUACUCCCCACCCUUUCGGUUUGGCACGGUUCCUAAUGGAAGUACGGAGAGAAACAUUCGGAAUAACUACCCCUACAUGCACCAGUACAUGACGAAAUUUAAUCAGAAGGGGGUGGAGGACGCCUUGGUCAGCUUGAAAACGGGGAAGCUGGACGCUUUCAUCUACGAUGCCGCGGUCCUGAAUUACAAGGCCGGCAGGGACGAAGGCUGCAAGCUGGUCACCAUCGGCAGCGGGUACAUCUUUGCCACCACUGGUUAUGGCAUUGCCCUCCAGAAGGGCUCCCCUUGGAAGAGGCAGAUCGACCUGGCCCUGCUCCAGUUUGUGGGUGAUGGUGAGAUGGAGGAGCUGGAGACCCUGUGGCUCACAGGUAUCUGCCACAACGAGAAGAACGAGGUGAUGAGCAGUCAGCUGGACAUCGACAACAUGGCGGGCGUCUUCUACAUGCUGGCGGCUGCCAUGGCCCUCAGCCUCAUCACCUUCAUCUGGGAGCACCUCUUCUACUGGAAGCUGCGUUUCUGUUUCACAGGCGUGUGCUCUGACCGGCCGGGGCUGCUCUUCUCCAUCAGCAGGGGCAUUUAUAGCUGCAUCCAUGGGGUGCACAUCGAGGAGAAAAAGAAGUCACCAGACUUCAAUCUGACCGGCUCCCAGAGCAACAUGUUAAAACUUCUCCGGUCAGCCAAAAACAUCUCCAACGUGUCCAACAUGAACUCCUCCAGAAUGGAUUCACCCAAAAGAGCUGCCGACUUCAUCCAAAGAGGUUCCCUUAUCAUGGACAUGGCGUCAGAUAAGGGAAAUUUGAUAUACUCAGACAAUAGGUCGUUUCAGGGGAAAGACAGCGUUUUUGGGGAUAACAUGAAUGAACUCCAAACAUUUGUGGCCAACAGACACAAGGAUAGCCUCAGUAACUACGUGUUCCAGGGACAGCACCCGCUUACGCUCAACGAGUCCAACCCCAACACAGUGGAGGUGGCCGUGAGUACAGAAUCCAAAGGCACCUCCAGGCCCCGGCAGCUUUGGAAGAAAUCCAUGGACUCUCUACGCCAAGACUCACUGACCCAGAACCCAGUCUCCCAGAGGGAGAACGGGACAGUAGAGAAUAGAACCCACUCCCUAAAGAGUCCUAGGUACCUUCCAGAAGAGGUGGCCCACUCGGACAUUUCCGAAUCUUCCAGUUGGGCCACAUGCCACAGGGAACCUGACAAUAAUAAAAACCACAAAACCAAGGACAACUUCAAAAGGGCGGUGGCCUCCAAGCACCCCAAGGAUAGCAGCGAGGUCGAACGCACCUACCUGAAAACCAAAGUGAGCUCCCCCAGGGACAAGAUCUACACCAUUGAUGGUGAGAAGGAGCCUGGCUUCCACUUAGACCCUCCCCAGUUCAUUGAGAACGUGGCAGCGCCCAAGAACGUGGACUUCCCAGACACCUACCAGGACCGCAACGAAAACUUCCGCAAGGGGGACUCCACGCUGCCCAUGAGAAGGAACCCCCUACACAAUGAAGAUGGGCUUCCCAACAGCGACCAGCACAAACUCUACUCCAAGCACUUCACUUGGAAAGACAAGAGCUCCCCGCACAGCGAGGGGAGCGACCGCUCCCGACAGAACUCCACGCACUGCAGGAGCUGCCUUUCCAACCUACCGACUUAUCCAGGCCAUUUCAGCGCGAGGUCCCCGUUCAAGUGUGACACCUGCCUGCGGAUGGGGAACCUGUAUGACAUCGAUGAAGACCAGAUGCUUCAGGGGACGGGUAACCCAACCACCCCAGAGGAGGUCUACCAGCAAGACCGGGCGCAGAACCACGCCCUCCAGUUCCAAAAGAACAAGCUACGGAUUAGCCGUCAGCAUUCCUAUGACAACAUCCUCGACAAACCCAGGGAGGCAGACCUUGGCAGGCCCCCCCGGAGCAUAAGCCUCAAGGACCGGGAACGGCUUCUGGAGGGAAAUUUGUACGGGAGCCUCUGUAGUGUCCCCGCAAGCAAACUCUUGGGGAAUAAGAGCUCCUUUUUCCCCCAGGGUCUGGAGGACAGCAAGAGGAGCAAGUCUCUCUUGCCAGACCAUUCCUCUGAUAACCCUUUCCUCCACUCCUAUGGGGACGACCACCGCUUAGUGAUUGGGAGAUGCCCCUCGGACCCUUAUAAACACUCGCUGCCAACCCAGGCAAUGAAUGACAGCUAUCUUCAGUCGUCCUUGAGGUCAACGGCGUCGUACUGUUCCAGGGACAGUCGGGGCCACAGUGACGUGUAUAUUUCAGAGCAUGUUAUGCCUUAUGCUGCAAAUAAGAAUACUAUGUACUCUACCCCCAGGGUUUUAAACUCCUGCAGCAAUAGACGCGUGUAUAAGAAAAUGCCUAGUAUUGAAUCUGAUGUUUAAAACCUUCCAUUAAUGUUUUAUUUAUAGGGAAACAUACGUAAUGGCCAACGUUCUGGAGGGUAAAUGUUGGAUGUCCAAUAGCACCCUUCAAAGAAGACGAGGAUUUAGGGAGGUAAUUUUUUUGUUGGCUAUUUUGUACGUGGCUCCUUGCGAUAGUCUUCCACUCAAGGAAUUGUGUGAAGUGUGUGCUGAGCACAACAGAAACCGGAUAGGUGAGGGUCCUUAACCAAAAACAGAAAAAACAAAAUUAAGGGGGGAGGGGCUGAGUCUUCUGGACAUGCUCACUAGGUACGUUGGCAAUAACGAUGCAUUGGACGCGACGGUGAUGCUAUGAUUUCCUAUAUUCCAAACUCCAUUAAGGUCAGUCCACCAUGUAAUGUCCUCAUCAGAAACACCCAACGGUUUUGCUAAUACGGAAUAAGCAAUAUGGUAUGCAUGUAAAUCUGACGCAGACGAAAUAAAACAGUUAAGAAUGCAUUUGCACUGUAGUGAGAUUGACAUGUGCAAGAAUUAGGAAGUUUGGCUUGUAACAGUUUCAGCUUUAUUGUUAUGCCUUCAUCCUGGCCCAGACCCAACCUCUGAACUCCAGUCUCCCUCAAAGAAUAGCGGAUCAGUGCAUUUGCCGAAAACAAUGCUAUCUUCAUUGUAGUCCAUUUCCAAGACACAUCUGGAGUCAAAGGCCAGAGGUGCCCUCAGGUACAGAGCUGCAAGAAUCUCUGGAUGUCAAUUUGUGUGUUUUGCAGACACGUUCCUCACCCUCAGCUUCAAUGGCCUUGUUCAUGGCUGCAUAGACUAACACAUUUGUGUCUUCGCUCAGUGUGGAUCUCCUGUCUCAGUGUGGCCGUUGUAGUUUAACCUGAAGACUCCUGUGUAAGUAAGUUUGCAUCUCCCCCUCUUCUGGUGAUGACUCAGGGUUGUAUAAUAUCUGUUACCCCUUCCCUCCCAGGGUAAUCAUAGCUCAUUGAGUCCACAAAUAGCCAUGGUGGUGGUGUCUGAUGGACUGUGUGUUACUGUCCCCAGAGGUGUUAACGUGGUGAUGUGUGCCAGGAGCUCUGUGUGUACUGUAAUCGGUAUGAAGUGCAAUGCCACCUGCCUGCAGAAGGCCAGCACAGUUUUAGGUCCAUCUCCCUUAAUGCUGUGAAUUUUAGCUGGACACUUGUUUCCACCCCACCCCCCUCCUCGAAUCACAAGCCUCCAAAACCGAAGAGACAUUCAUGCAUUUACCCGGAGCACCCUUCAAAUUGUGAAUAAACUUCAGUGGGCAAGUGCUUUGUCUCUUCUGAAACAUUCCCUGUAUUGGAGACAAUUGCUUCUCUGGCACCAACCGAGAUGUAUGAAAAGUUCCUCAAAGCAUUUGUCAUUUCUGAGUCACCUACGUUAUUCCAUUUUUAUUCCACUCAAACCCAUGCCUAUAUGAUAUAGGGUGAUACCCAUUAGAAAAGAAAAGUUGUGGCAGGAAGGAAACUCUUCAUGCAUGAAAGUGCCCCCACUGCAAAAAAAGGGAAGUGACGGUUGUACUGUUAUCACACUCUUUAUCAAUCAGACCCAGAUUUUCUAGCUUAAAAAUUAAAUACUAUAAAACUCACAAUCAAUAUUAAGUAAGCAUUUUAUAGUGUUCUAAUCUAUUAUGCAUCUUAAAUACAUCAAUAUUCCUGAACUAUUUGGGAUAACUAGCCAUCAGUUUUUGGAGAGGACUGCUUGUCUUUAUUGGUGGAAUGAUGCAGAAACCAUCAGCUAAUGUAAACCAGCCUGGCCAUUUCCUGGUUUCCUCCUGCAGUUUGCUUUAUGGUUCUUGGAGAAGGGGUCAAAAGGAGCAAGUUGAGUAGUCAUCCUGGUUCUUUCUGCUAUGGUGUGUUUGGUUUUGUGGGCAGGUGCCAGGGGUGAUUGUCAUAGAACUCGAGGCAGCUUGGAGCUUGGAUGGCACUUUCUUUGGGAAAGUGCACACAACCUGCAAUAUUUCUGUACAGAUGAAGAGUGGCUGCAGUAAAUUUCAGGAUCAGUGGUAUAGGAGGAGGCAGUGGUUGAAGUUAUCUUCCCCUCAUCUUGGAGGUUGAAAGGCAGAAGUGGAUGAUGGGUACAAAUGACAAACAUACUUAAAAAAUUGCAUUUGAUUUUUUGGAUACUGCUGCUUUGCUGCUCCAGUCUCCAACAAUGGAGAAGCCCAAAUCAAAGGAUCUAAGGGCAGAGCAGUCACCCCAGUGUCUGUUCCGGGCAUACCUGUUACUGUAUAGUCUCGUAGAACUUUCUGUCUCUGCCCUUCCAUUGCAUUCCAUGCUUACACUCCCCCAGCCAAGGUCAUCUCCAUUCCCUCACAAGACUGGUGUGGCUUAACAUAAAAUGAAUUAAGAAGUCUCCCCAGAAAACAGAGCAGUUGUAUGUCAUUCAUGUGGAGAAGUUUUCUGUCUUCUUCUGGUAUCCUCCAAACCAGGGAGCUGCCAAAUAUGAUAGAGGUCCCCGGGCAAAGUGCUAGUUACAGUUGGAUUUGACUCCAGAGACCAAAAAGCCCUCUCCUAAUGACAUCCUUAUCCUGCUGUUAACCCCACUCUUCUCGGGAUAAAGACACUAAAAAUGUGGCUUUUGGAAGAACCAAUAGUAAUGAUGUAAGAAAGUCUAUACUUCUUUUUAACAUCCAAAGUGUUUUUUAAAAGAAAUAAUCAGAAAUUGGAUGCUAUAUAAUAAAUGCAUGAGUCCGCUUUCCACAAAUUCAUUGUGUGAUGAUACCAAACAUAAUAAAAUCAACCAGUGAUUAGACAGUCAAUUUCCAGGUGAAAGAUAAUCAUGCAGAGCUAACCCAAGGUAAUCCAAGUCAGGUCAGCUCUUUGGGAAACACAGUCAGGAAUAGAAUGGCCAACAGUUAAUGUCACUGCAGGGUGCAAGGUGACAAGAAUGAGAGAGGAAGCUCGGAAGUAUGGGUCCAUUACAGAGGGGAUCCCAGCCCUGGGAUCUUAGAUCUAGGGAUGCCAUGGAAGCAGAAUAUUUAAGCCAAAAUUUGUGUCCGAGUUUCACCUGACUCUAGUCAGGGCUGGCAUCCGUAAUUAAUUUUGUUAGGCUCUAAAUGGUUUUCCCCACUUGUGAAAGACCCAACAGGUCUGAUAGGUACACCUGAUUGCAAAUGGUCAGGAUUCUGUCCACCAGUAAUAUCAUGCACAUACAACCAAUUUAAAGUAUUUGAUGCAAGGAGGUCUUCUAGGGCAUGAACUUUGCUCUGGGAAUCCUUUGGGUUUCUGGAAAAUCAUUCUUAUCAUCAUUGCACCUGUAGGUUCUCAGGCCACUGCUGGUUUCAACGCUCUGCAAGGGAAGACCCUAAUUAGUCUGUUUUUCUGCCAGUGAGGCCUUGAUGAGAGACAUAGGGAUGUGGGGACUAUAAUCCCACUAUUCAUUACUCUCUUGACCUCUUGAAAAUCUUGCCACAUUAUUUCAGCUGGUGGCGUGGGCUGGGUGCCACAUGGACUGUACUUAGUUUUCUCUUCUUUCAAAGGGUGCCUGGUAAGUUGUAAUACUUGGCUUUUCUGAUGAAAGCAUUAAAAUUCACCCAAUGCAGCAAAAUCAGUCAAAUCAAUUCAUGCCUAUUUUCUGGGGAGAAAAAAGAAAAUUACACCUUGUUUACAAAUGAAAUGGUUUCACUUAAAUGGGACUCUAGCCAAAGUUCUUAAUUAGUCAAAAGCUCCACGGCAGUCAUGCAUUCACACAUUGUUUAUUCUAUUUGAUAUAUCUACCACUGAGGUGUAUUUAAUAUUCUGCAUCCUUCUCAGGAAAUGACAAAUGCCCUGAAUUCUCUGCAAAUAGAAUUGCUAAUGAAAAAGAAAAAAAAAAUUGGAGUUAAUUAAAUGGUGAUUAAAAAUGUAUCUCCUUUAAACCUAAAAAGCACAGCUUUAAUAAUCGGUUGUCAUAUAAAUAAAUACCUUGCACUGAAAUCCCUCGUGGUUGAAGACUUAAAUAAAUGCUAAUUUGAGAAACCUAAAUAUCUUUCAGAGGCGCUGAAAAUACCCGUCAACAUUAUGCACAUCCCUGUACUGUUUCUUUGUGCAUAGCUGUUUGCCUGAAUUCUUGUAAAGAAGACUUGAAUUGUUUUUGAAAUGGAGCCUGUUUGUAUUAACUAUGGCUACAGUAGACAUAAUUGAACUUCAGGGGUGGGGGGAGGAGGAAAAAAACCUGAGUAAGUGGAAGCUAAAUGCACCGUUUGGUAUUUAAUAUGAGUUAAGGUUCUAAAGAGAUGCAAUUUUCCUUCCAAAAACAGUGCUUAUUUUCAUUUGAGACAAAACUAGACCCUUCCGGAUACCCCAUCUUCUUUUGGUAAACAGGGUCGACAGUGCUUAGGAGAGGUGAUGUGGGGUCUGUACUUGAAAAGGUUUUAACGAUGGGGUUGCCCUUUUCCGUCCCAUCCCGUUACACUGUACUGUGUUCGCAUCUAAUUGUAUCCGAUGAGGUUGGCUUGCUGCUUGAUGUAGAGUGGAGGGUGCACUUACCCUGUGAAUACAAAUGCUUGUGUACACAUGUACAUAAUAUACAUGCUUGAUUUCUAAGAUUCACAUGUAAGUGUAUUAUCCAAAUAAAAUUGUACAUAUUGUAAAGUUUACGUUAAAAAUUAAAUGGCGAUGAUGGUAUUAACACAUGGAAAACCCAUUCUGGUUAUUUUGAUAGAAUGAUAUUUGUAUAGAGAGGGCACUAUUUUUUUUAUCUCAGUUUUAGGGAGGAUGACAGAGCCCAAAAAGGAGGUAGCUGAGGGAGUCCUUGGCCACUUUCUUUAAAAAAAAAAAAACGCUGGGGUGGGGUGUGGAAUAUAUUCCACUCACAUUUGCUUCUGGAAACAAUGCCGAUGCAGACUUUUGUGUGAUUUUUGUAAACUCUUCAAAGAGCAUAGAUUUCCUAUGUAAGACACUUGUCCUCUCCCCUUGCCUUCCCCUUUUCUGUGCCCAGAAGUAUCUCAGCAUAGUAUAAGCUACAGGUGCCUACGCAGA